CAUCUGGCCACACCCCUGGGAUCACUCAACAGCUCCGCUUCCUCACCGGUGAUUGGCCGCCGGAACUGUAGCUCAGGAGAGGCACACAGGCGGCCAAUCACUGGCGAGGAGGAGCCGAGCGGCAGUGUAAAGAUCAAAGAAGAUCGAGUGAGGGAGCUGCUGGAGCAAGUGAAGAGGAGAGCGGCCAGAGAAGGAAGACAGCUGACCGAUGGUGCUGCUGUAGCCAGGAAUGCUGGUUGUAGAUGGGAGAGAGAGGGAGCGAGCCCAGGCUGGAGCAGGGGUCAGCAAGGUAAGUAUCAUUGGUGUCAGUGGGAG